AUGAAAGUACACAUGAGAACCCAUUCUGGCGAAACGCCAUUUCGCUGCGAAGUAUGUUCUAAGGAAUUUUCUGGACCAUCUAACCUGAAAGUACACUUGAGAACUCAUUCCGGAGAAAAGCCGUAUUCCUGUGAAGUGUGUGGUAAGGAGUUUUCUCAACUAGCUAACAUGGAAGUACACUUGAGAACCCACGACGGCGAAGAGCCGUUUUCCUCUGAAGUCGGUUCUGAGGAAUUUACUAAACCUUUACAUCCAAAAGAACGCAUGAAAGCACAUGCUCGCCAGAAGGCAUUCAGUUGCAAAGUAUGUUCUAAAGAAUUUUCUCGACUAUCUAACCUGAAAGUGCACUCGAGAACUCAUUCUGGAGAAAAGCCGUAUGGCUGCGAAGUAUGUUCUAAGAAAUUUUCUCAAGUAGUAAACUUGGAAGUGCACUUGAGAACCCAUGCUGGUGAAAAGCCAUAUUCCUGCGAAGUUUGUUGUAAGGAAUUUUCUCAAGAAGCUAACAUGAAAGCGCACAUGAGGACCCAUACUGGCGAAAAGCCAUUUUGCUGCGAACUGUGUUCUAAGGGAUUUUCUAACCUAGCACACCUGAAAGUGCACUUGAGAACCCAUACUGGUGAAAAGCCGUUUUCCUGUGAAGUGUGUGCGAAAGAAUUUUCUCAAGUAGCUAACCUGAUAGUACACUUGAAAACCCAUUCUGGGGAAUGA